AUGGAAUUAAGCCCUGCCAGAAGAAACAAUAUGACUAAUACUUCUAUUGUCCCAUCCGUGGAAGGUCCAUUAAAGCAAACCCGGCUUGUUUUGAACAAUGCCAUCCUGGCAGCAAAAGAUUGCUUUACACCACAUCGCACAAAAUUAGGAGAAUCGCAAAUUCUCAUCGAUAAUGCUAUUGCUCUUCAGUCCUCUGCAAAUAGAUUUAAUGAAUCUAUUGUAAACUUUAAUGCAAAACAUAAUCAAAAACUAUAUGAUCAAUUAGUCGAAACGAACAAUGCUUUAGAAUCAACACUUAGCGCAUUUACAGACUAUUCACAGGCUGUUAAUUCAACGAGAUCAUCAACUAUUAAAACAGUUUUGCUCAAUGCAGCUUCUUACUUGCCAGGCAUCGUAUAUUGGCUCUUUGAAUCACUUAAACCUGAGAUCAAACCAAUUAUAAAGCCUGAGGUAGUUAUUGAUCCAUUGUUAUCGGAAACAUGGAAGAUUUAUCAAUCUCUCCUUAGUAAUUCAAGCUGA